AUGAAUGAUGAAAUGUAAAUCAUGAGUGUCCUUUCUUUUUGUUUUUCCAUGGACAGCCAUGAAAUCUCAAUUUCUGGACUGCUCCGCUUCCUCUACUUUGUUGUUCUACUAGUAAUUACCAUGUUGUUGUUGCAGUUACAGCCAUUUUACUAGUACUCUAAUAAGUGCUGCUACUGCCAACUCCCAAGUCCAACACGACAACCCGCAGCUUCACCAACUUCCCUAGAUUCUUCUACUUGUAGCUUUUUCCUGCUCAUCAUUCUUCUUUUUCUCUUUUCUUCCAAUAAAGCCCAACCCCAUGCUCUCUACGGUCAAUCCAAUCCUCCCCCUACCACCGACCUCAACCUUUUCUUGGCCCAUCUAGCCUUUCUUUUGCUUUUUUCUCUUUUUUUUUUUUUUUUUCGAUUCCUCUUUUUCUUUUGUUGUGAUUAAUUAUUGGGCUUAUUUUGUAUAUCACUGUGCAUCAAGAUCUCUUUUUCUUUUUAUUUUUCCUUUUAGAAUUGACCUCGUGCUGCUGUUCCCUCGAAUCUCUUUGGAAUUCAAUGGAUUCCAAGUAUAUCUCAGUGAAAUUUAGGGUUUAUCUAGGGUUUUUCUUCUAAGAUGUGGCUUUGUGAUUGUUGGCUCUGCAUUAGUAUCUCUUAGUAACAUAUACUGUCAACCAAUCAAUCCGAUCGUCUUUCUUUAUUUCCUUUUUCUUCUGGGGAAUCUUCCUCUUUCGCUUUCAGAAUUUGGAGUUUGGUUUGUGACCAAAUCGUGUCUUUCAUGGCUUAUCAGUCGGUUCCGGGUCCGGGUUCGGGUUCGAGUUCGAGUUCUGGCUAUAAUUUUCUGAAUUCCCCUUUUGGAGACACCACCUACACCAAGGUCUUUGUGGGCGGCCUGGCCUGGGAGACACAGAGCGACACCUUGAGACGUUACUUCGAGCACUUUGGGGAGAUUCUCGAGGCCGUUGUCAUCACCGAUAAGAAUACGGGGCGAUCCAAAGGCUAUGGUUUUGUCACUUUCCGGGAACCAGAGGCUGCUAGAAGAGCAUGUUCUGAUCCAACUCCAAUCAUCGAUGGCAGGCGGGCAAAUUGUAAUCUGGCUUCUCUUGGGCGGCCCCGGCCACCUAUGCCUUAUGGACGUCUCAGACCAGCUGCUCCAAAUAUAGCAAACAUGCAAGUUACCCGCGGGGCUUAUGUCAGUGGUUUUGGCUUCCAGCAACCAGUCUCUUAUAGCUAUCAACAAGGUCUAGUUUAUCCUCCAUAUGGGUAUACGACAUAUGGACCCGAAUACAUCUAUCAACAGGGUGGUUACAUUCCUUAUUCGGGUCAGCAGUACCUUCAGAUAUAUGGAGUGCCUGGGACAGUUAAUACAACUAUUUAUCCUUCUUAUGGACAAAUGGGUCAAACUCCUCCUAGUGGUCAGAGUUAUACAACUCUGCAUGGAUAUGCAAUGCCCGGUCAUCAAAUAGUGCAGUUUGGUGGACCUAGUGUUAAUGCUAUAACAACUUCACCCAUGCCUACAAUUCAAGCACCAUAUCCUACAGGUUUCUUAGCAACUAUAGGGUUGGAACAUGACAUUUGUUUUAUAAAUAUCCAAAAUAGAGGUUUGUUGAAUAGCUAAAUGGAGUUGAGUGUGGCAAGAACUAAAAUUGAAUGAUGGACAGCAGGAGAAGGUGCAAAAGUAAUACAUUCUUUUUUAUCAUUAUCAAAUACACAUUAAGGGCUAAGUGAAAAUAUAACUUGGUAGAGGAUUUGUCAAGGUUGAUAUCAUUUACCAUUUAGGAAGAGCUUAUGGAGCAUGGAACUGCUCU